UGUAGGCAACAACAAAAAAGUUUAGGGCAUCUACACGAAUUUCCGUACAAUAACCGGAGCAAACUUGUGUACGGAAAAAAUCUUCUAUUUGCAUUGACACAAUGGCCAUGGACGAGAUAAAAUACAUAAUAAAAGCAAUGGUGACUUCCUACGCCGGGAGAGCUCUGACGGUGGCCCAACUGAAUAAGGAUUACAAGGAACAUGAAGGCCAGUAUAUACCAUACAAGAUGCUUGGCUUCCAGGGGCUCGACCAAAUGCUCUCAAAAAUGUCGGAUGCCGUACAGCUUCGUGGCCGCGGUGACAAUGCCUUGGUGCUACCCGUUGGUUCAGGGAAAUCACAACACAUAAGGAACAUGAUAGUGCAGCAAAAAAGCAGCGGUCGAAAACCCUCAAAAAAUAAUGCGCGAAACAGAAGCACUGCAUACCGCUCAACGUAUAACAAAGCUUACAUUAACCCUCGGCCCGUGUAUCCACCUGCAAUGGACGAUAGCUCUACGAGCUCGGAAGAAAUGUACAGGGAGGAACCAAUUAAUAGAAGUCCGACAAAUCUUGAGGCUUACCCUUGGCCCGUGUAUCCACCUCCAAUGGACGAUAGCUGUACGAGCUCGGAAGAAAUGUACAGGGAGGAACCAAUUAAUAGAAGUCCGAUCGAUCUUGAGGAAUGCACCGAUAACGAAUACAGUGAUGGGCAGAUCGUUGAAAGGGUGAUAACCGAUCCGGAGGAGGACCCGUCUACACCGAUCCCGUCUGCAACACCAAUGACCCUUGCCGACAAAUUUUCCGAGCCAGAAGUGCCAUCUACAUUAGUCCCCGAAAGCAUCCAAAGAGCAAGGGUGAUAAAAGUGCAUUCGCCAAAUGAAAUUCAUGUUCAACUGAUGUGCCACUUAGAAAUGUUAGCACAAGUUGCUGAUGAUUUGGAACUCAUGUACGGGGAGUUGGAUGUAGAUUCCGAAUGGCAACUGGAUUUAGAAUCGGCCAAGGUGGGACUGUAUUGCAUCGCGAAAUACGAAAAGUUUUGGUAUCGCGUAGCGAUCGCUGGUCCGGUUAUUGAUGCUUUUGUUGAAGUAUUUUUGAUUGACUAUGAGCACAAGUGUAAAGUCGCGAUACGCGAUGUAAAGCGUAUGAGAAAACAAGAUUCCCUUUUACCGCCCCAGUAUGUUCGAGUAUCGUUAGCUAAUGUUAAACCACUGGACGAAAAAUGGACGGAUAAAGCGAUACAUUACCUUGAAAACGCCCUGUAUAAAAAAGAACUAUACAUGUUUUACAAAGACUCCACGGAUAAGAAUAUCCUGAAUGUGGUUUUGAUCGAUGCAACCGUAUUAUCGGACAACAUAAUAAACAAGGAGAUAGUUUUCAAAAAGCUUGCAAAAUGGGAAUGUGCUUACUAACAAAAAACUCACAAGACGAAACUACUAUUGUUUCACGUAAUUUAAAUUUUAAUAAAUGUUUUAGUUACAUAAUGAUUAUUGUU